GCGAGGGAAGGAGGGGGUGCGAGUGUUUCUAACACAUCUGUAAGCGGAGCCCACGUUCAUUAAUUAAAUGGCUUUAGUCCGGCUAGGCCUCAAUUUGAGCUGUUGAGCAGCAGGCGGCGGGCGGUGCAACACUAGAUGCCCGAUUGGCAACCCACAAUCAGAGGGGAGGAGUCUGGAGAGACAGGGUGCAGUGAAAGGAAUGGGGUGGCAGAGUGGCUGUGCCCCCUGUGUCAAAAAGGGCAACCGGACAGACCUUCCCUGUCUCUGCAUCUCACUGAGCAACACAGCGUACUUCCAUCGUGUGUCGACCGGCUGCUGGACAUUGCUGUUCUGAAACAGGCUGCCUGCGGAGGAGAGGACAAAGGUGCACAAACGCCAUCAGAAGCUGAAUCGUCACAACUGAGGCCCACUGAAGACGUCAGUUCAGACCCCUGCCAAUCUAGUGAGAGUGCAGACACUACCCAGACGCUUGGUGAGAGAGAGAUGGAGGAAGAGAAAAUAAUGGAACAGGAGGGAGGUGAAGCAGAGCCCGAGCCAGAAGAAGAGGGAAAUCCACUCACAGCAGCCAAACAGCAAAAUGCAACUGAAAACACAGAAAUCCCAGACGCUAGUGAAAAGUCAGUUGGUAAAAACGGUGCGCCAGCUGAAAGUAACACCCGGUCGUUCAGAUGCAAUGCCUGCCUGGAAAGUUUUUCCAGCAGAACUGCCUUGAGUGUUCAUUACAAUUCUGCAUCCCACAUUCAGAGAAUGACAACAGGUACUGCAAAGCAAGGUGUGGAAAGUAAUCCCCAGGUCUCCUCAGUUCCAGUCCUGACUCGGCCAUAUAUAUCAAACAAACCUUACCAGUGUGCAGUGUGUCGAGUCUCUUACAAUCACGCCAUCACCCUUGAGAGCCAUAUGAAGUCUGUCUUGCACCAGACGCGCAGUAGAAAUGCGGGAAUUGCUGCAAACAGUGCAGCGGCUUCUGGUAGUUUGAGAGGUAGCACCACCAGCUCUUCAAACACUGUAGUGACCACAUCUGGCACCAACUGUGCUGCUCCUGGGACGUUGAUGGUAACUACUGCAAAAGAAGGAGAGCAGGUCCCAGCUUCACAGGUGGCUCCCUCCCUCCUCACCUCCCCUGUGGCAUCAGCUCAGGCGGUCUCAGCCUUCCUCACCCUUCUCACUUCAAGUCCCAACACCCUGCCACACUCCCUUCUUCCCUCCUUGUUUGCAACCGGUGCCGCUUCUGGUGCCGCUGCACCUCAGCUCGUGCCUCAGCCUCAAAUGGUCAUGCCCUUGAUCUUAAAUGGGCUCCAAGCCCAAACUCAGCAGCAUCAAGAGAACCAGCAAGGCCAGCUCCUUACCCAGUGUGUGCCAUUCGUGGGUCUCAGCACAGCCCAGCAAGCCCUCCUAACCCAAAGACUUAACAGCUUACAAAACCAGUGGCCCUCUGCAGGAGUUCCAACAAACAUACAGCACUGUCCAGAAGAGCAAAAGCACCCUGCAAAGUGUGAAGGACAGCAAGAAAGGCAAGACAGUGGGGAGACAGCUGAGAACAUCGUAGAUCAGAUCAAGGACAAACAUAACUGGAGUACAGAGAACAUUGGGGCAGAAAAACCUGAAGAAGAGAACAGUAAAGAUUUUUUACAAUGUCCUGCUAUAGAAAGCAAAGGGAAGGUUGAGAAUAGCGAGGACACUGAGAAGGCACGUGGCGAUAGCACAACAGAUGGAGAUUGCUCAACUAAUCAGGUGGACCUGGAAGGUGAUAAAGCAGCUAGCCUGAAUCUCUCCCCAGCGGGCACAGAGAAGAGCCUCCGCAAUAACAACCUCUCGCCUUCUGCAUCUGUGCCCAGCAACUCCAGCCUCAGUCCUGUACAUUUAAACCUUACACUUAGCCCUGAUUCUACUCCUCAGAAAUCACAAUCGGCACCAGCCCCUGUGGCUCCCUUGGCACCCCAAAAUCCAGCCCAAGUACAAAUGCCUUAA